AUGCUAGAGGCACAAAUCCAGGCGACCUCGCCCCCCGGGUCCGCCCCUGACCUCGGAGGCCAUCAGGCCCUCCCGUCCUGUCCUGUCCCCGCUCUGGACAAGAACACUCCGAGGGAAACUAAGAACAUCUCGGUCCAGGAGGAGGACGAAGAGCGGCCACCGCUGCGAGCUAACGCCGGGUCUGCCCCGGCCGGGAGCGGGCUCAGCUCGGACGCCCUAUUGCCGCGUGGACGUAGCUCUCGUCCGGUCGCGUCCCGGCGCGCACCUGCCCCGCGCGGCUCCAGGUGUCCCGUCCCCGUCGCUCUCACCUGCCGGAGCCGCGGGGCCGCGGGGAGGACCCCCGGAGGGUCCGGAGCGGGCGGAGAUGAUGAUGAGACUCAAUUUAAGGCCAAUGGGUCAGUUUCUCAGCAGGAUAUUUAUGGAAAUAAAAUAGCAAAGUUCACCAGAAGUGAUUCCUGGGUCUCCAGCUUAGGAAAAAUUUGGGAAGAACUUAGCAUCGAAGAUCAGCACAAAAAUCAGGGGAGACAUUUGAGAAAUCAUGUGGUGGAGAGACUCUGUGAACAUAAUGACCAGUGUGGGGAAGGCUUCAGUCAGACGCCAAAUCUUAAUGUUUACCAGAAAACUCUUAUUGGAGUAAAACAGUAUGAACGUGCUGCAUAUGGAAAAGUCUUCGUGCAUCAUUCAUCCCUCGAGAGUCACAUCGCCCUUCACACCAGACACAAACCAUAUCAGUGUCAGGAAUGUGGGCACGCCUUCAGUUGUCGUUCCCACCUAAGAUCGCAUGUGAGAACCCACAAUGGAGAGAGACCCUAUGCGUGUAAAUUAUGUGGGAAAACUUUUCCUCGUACGUCUUCUCUCAAUCGGCAUAUAAGGAUUCAUACUGCUGAGAAGACCUAUGAAUGUCAGCAAUGUGGGAAAGGCUUCAUUGACUUUUCAAGUCUUACUAGUCAUGUGAGGACUCACACUGGAGAGAAGCCCUAUAAAUGUAAGGAAUGUGGGAAAGCCUUCAGUUAUUCCUCAACUUUUCGAAGACACAUGAUAACACACACUGGAGAGAAGCCCUAUAAAUGCAAGGAAUGUGGCGAAGCCUUCAGUUAUUCCUCAACUUUUCGAAGACACAUGAUUUCACACACUGGGGAGACACCACAUAAAUGUAAGGAAUGUGGGGAAGCCUUCAGUUAUUCCUCAGCUUUUCGGAGGCACAUGAUAACACACACUGGCGAGAAACCCUAUGAAUGUAAACAGUGUGGGAAAACUUUCAUUUAUCUCCAGUCCUUUCGAAGACAUGAAAGGAUUCACACUGGAGAGAAACCCUAUGAAUGCAAACAAUGUGGGAAAACCUUCAUUUAUCCGCAGUCCUUUCGAAGACAUGAAAGGACUCACGGUGGAGAGAAACCCUAUGAGUGUAACCAGUGUGGGAAAGCCUUCAGCCAUCACUCGUCCUUCAGAGGACAUAUGAGAGUGCACACUGGAGAGAAACCUUAUGAAUGCAAUCAAUGUGGGAAGACUUUCAACUGGUCCAUAUCCUUGCGAAAACAUAUGAGAACACACACUAGAGAGAAACCGUAUGAAUGUAAACAAUGUGGGAAAGCCUUCAAUUUGUCAGCUUGCUUUCGAGAACACGUGAGAAUGCACCCCGGAGACAAAUCGUAUGAGUGUAAGCUCUGUGGGAAAGGUUUCUAUUGCCACAUAUCCUUGCAAAAACACAUGAAAAGGCACACUGCAGAGAAACUCUAUGAAUGCAAGCAGUGUGGGAAAACUUUCAGUUGGCCUGAACUUUUGCAACAGCAUGUAAGAACCCACACUGCAGAGAAACCCUAUGAAUGUAAGGAAUGUGGGAAAGUCUUUAAAUGGCCGUCAUCUUUACCAGUACAUAUGAGAAUGCACACUGGAGAGAAACCUUACGAAUGCAAGCAAUGUGGGAAAGCCUUCAGUUGUUCCUCCUCCUUAAGAAGACAUGUAAGAAUACACACUGCAGAAAAACACUAUAUAUGUAAUGCGGGAAAUUCUCCUGCAAAUGAAUUCAUGCACAACACUGCAGAAAAUUCACAUCAGGAGAGAAAUCUUAUAAAAGUUGUAAAUAUGGUAUUGCCUUUAUGAGUAUCUCAUCAUUAAAGUGGACCCUUGGGGAGUUCUGUAUUUCCAGUUAUUUUGCAAAUAAACAUUUAGGUGAAAAAUAACUCUCCAAGUAUUCUUAUAGCUAUAGUCUAAAUUUUGCAAGUAGUGUUUUUUCUUUUUACAUUUCAGUAAAUAAAAUCUAUCUUUACAGUUUGUUGGACUGGGUGAUUUGAAGUGUAUUUUCAAUAUGUAAAUAGUCUUAAUUUCUUAGUUCUUUAAGUUGUUCUUUAAGAGGUUAUUGGAACAAUGACACUUUACUAUUGGUUGGGAUUUUCUUACAGGCUUAGUGUGGCAGGUACUGGAUAUCACCCAUAUAUAUAUUUUCUACUUCUUAUCAAGAGAGUCUUUAUUUAUUUAUUUUUGGCCAGAGGAGCCUUAUUCCAUUUUUUUUAUAGUUGGUAGAAAUUUGUAAUUAUGCAGAGUUCUUCAAAGUGUAUAGUCUCAUGUGAAUUGUUAUUUUCAAGUUUUCCCUAUUGCUGUUUGUCCUUGCUGUGAUUGGGAGUUGGACAAUAGGCUUUUACUUAAGACACACUUGUGAUGUGAUCAUGAGAUACAGAGUGUGAGAUGGUUCUCUUGGAUUGUGUUCAGUCAACAUGGGUAAUGUUGGGAACUACAUUUCCCAGAAUCCCUUUAUGAUUCCGAAUUUGAAUUUACCAGUAGCCUAACUUGGAAUAGAUUUGGAAGGCAGAAGUGAAGAAGCCUUUACUAAGUUUUUGGAGCCACAUUUGUGUGUGAUAGAUGCAUUGGGGCUUCUUGGACACCAGCUUUCAGCCUAUUUUCAUGAUUCUUGGCCCUUCCAGUCAAGAGUACCAUCAAAAGAAAUGCCAAAUGCUUGAUUUCCAUUUUUCUGAGAAGCAUAGGUUUCCACAAAUACCUCCAUGAGCUUGGUAUCAAAGAUCCACUUGUAUGGUCAGGCACUCACAAUUUGGAUUUUUCAACAAACCCUAACGUGUCCUGGAGACCACUAAUUCAGACUCCUGAUUAGUGAUCUCUGAUGCUAUGAUUCCCCUCUUCUCUAGACGUUAAGAUAUCUUAUAAGGACUGAUUUGUAUAGUGAACACUUUGUUCUCAGUGCUUCUAGUGGCUCUCUGAUCCUGAUUCCACCACAAAAGCUACACUGUUGCAGCAAAACAAAACACAUGGGACUUUGUUAAUCUAUUGCAUUUUUAAGUCUGCUGAUGCAGUCUAUGUGAGAAAAAACCCCUUUUUCAUGUAUUAGAUUUUGGGAGAUUUCUGUUACUCAGAGCUGAAUGCAGUUCCUUGAUAUGGGUUUAAUUGUUAUGUUUGGUUAUGUCAUUAAAAACAAUCUUUUAUUUUCAAGGAUAAUCUUCUGUAGAUAUUUCUUAGAAAUAUCUUAUUUACUGUGUUUUCAAAAUACCUGUAUACUACUAGUUUCCUAGAGCUGCUGUAACAACCACAACUGGGUGGCUUAGGACAACAGAAGUUUUUACCUCACAGUUCUGGAGGCAGAAGUACAAAAUGAAGGUGUUGGCAGGAUCAUGCUUCCUAAAAGUGCUAGAGAAGGAUCUGUUCCAACUGUCUCCAAGCUUCUGGUAGUUCAUUGGCUUGUGGCAAUCAUAAUUCUAAUCUUUAUGUGGCAUUCUCCCUGUGUGCCUGUCUGUCCUUUACAUGGCAUUAUUUUUAUAAGGACACCACACACAUUGAGUUAGGGCCCACCCUAUUCCAGUAUGACGUCAUCUUAACUGAUUACAUCUGCAGCAACCCUAUUUCCAAAUAAGGUCAUUCUGAAGUACUGGGGUUAGAACUUCAACAUAUGGAUUUUGGGGGGACGUAAUUCAACUCAACAAAUGUUAUCUAUAUUAAAAUAUUCCAUUGCAAUUAUGGACUUGAAAUCAACUAAUUUUAGCAUUGUACAUUCUGAGUCAAUAUUACACAAGGUAUUUUUCUGCAUGUAGAUUUUAUUUUUUAUUACAUCAUUUGUUAUUAAAUGGAUUGCUUAUUCAUUGUUAAUAAUAAAAGCUUAAAUAACGGU